AUGGCGACGAUUGGAGUACAUCGGAUGACUCAAGCCUUGUUCGAUUGCGUUAAUGACGUCGUGGCGGAAUGCUUGGCACAAAUGGAGCGCGAGCGUGCAGCGGCGAAGCAAGCGGCAGCGGUGCAGGUCCCUCGGCCGAUUCGACGUCGGACGCAUGUCCCCCGCGAGCACGACGUAUCUCACCGACGUCUGGUCGCAGACUAUUUUGCCGAGCAACCACGGUGGGGCCCAACGGUUUUUCACCGCCGUUUUAGAAUGGGGCGAGAUCUUUUUCUCCGCAUUGUCCGGACGUUGGAAGGACGUGAUGAAUACAUCCAGUAUCGGGAAGACGGCAUCGGCAGACCAGAACUUACACCGUUGCAGAAGUGCAUGGUUGCGAUCCCCGGGUCGAACAACGACAUCAGCGUCCUCAACUCAUCCACCCUCUUCGCCGAUCAAUGCAGGGGUCACGGCCCGACCAUCGAGUUCACUAGUAACGGCCGUAGAUAUCAUAUGGGGUACUACUUGGCCGAUGACAUAUACCCAAGGUGGCCUGUUUUUGUGAAGACGAUCAGCUGCCCAAUGGGUGACAGGAGAGUCUUGUUUGCGGCAAAGCAGGAGGCUGCGCAGAAGGAUGUGGAGCUGGCUUUUGGUGUGCUCCAAUCGCGGUGGGCAAUAGUGAAAGGUCCGGCGCAUUUUUGGUUCAAGGAAGUCAUCGCCGACAUCAUGUAUGCGUGCAUCAUCAUGCAUAAUAUGAUAGUCGAACAAGAAGUUGGACAUGUCACCGAUUGGGUCGAUGAUGAAGCCGGAUCUAGCUCCAGCACGGCGACCCCACCUGUCGGUCGAGGAUAA